GGUCGCGAUGCUGCGCGGGGCCUCCCUGGUGGGGGUGCUGCUGUUCUCCAAGCUGGUGCUGAAGCUGCCCUGGACCCAGGUGGGGUUCUCCCUGCUGCUCCUCUACUUGGGGUCUGGCGGCUGGCGCUUCAUCCGGGUCUUCUUCAAGACCAUCAGGCGCGAUGUCUUUGGUGGUCUGGUGCUCCUGAAGGUGAAGAUCAAAGUCCGGCGGUACCUGAGGGAGCGGCAGACAGUGCCUGUUUUGUUUGCCUCCACGGUGCAGCGCCACCCUGACAAGACAGCCCUGAUCUUCGAGGGCACUGACACCCACUGGACCUUCCGCCAGUUGGAUGACUACUCGAGCAGGGUAGCCAACUUCCUGCAGGCCCGGGGCCUGACCUCGGGCGACGUGGCUGCGCUCUUCAUGGAGAACCGCAAUGAGUUUGUGGGCCUGUGGUUGGGCAUGGCCAAGCUGGGCGUAGAGGCCGCCCUCAUCAAUACCAACCUCCGGCGGGAUGCCCUGCUCCACUGCCUCACCACCUCUCAGGCACGGGCUCUCAUCUUUGGCAACGAAAUGGCCCCAGCUAUCUGUGAGAUCUGUGGCAGCCUGGACCCCUUGCUCAGCCUCUUCUGCUCUGGCUCCUGGGAGCCCAGCACAGUGCCCACCAGCACAGAGCACCUGGACCCUCUGCUGGAAGAUGCUCCCAAGCACCUGCCCAGUCGCCCUGACAAAGGCUUCACAGAUAAGCUCUUCUACAUCUACACAUCGGGCACCACGGGGCUGCCCAAAGCCGCCAUCGUGGUGCACAGCAGGUACUACCGCAUGGCUGCCCUGGUGUACUAUGGAUUCCGUAUGCGACCUGACGACAUUGUCUACGACUGCCUCCCCCUCUACCACUCAGCAGGAAACAUCGUGGGAAUUGGGCAGUGUGUGCUCCACGGCAUGACGGUGGUGAUCCGGAAGAAGUUCUCAGCCUCCCGGUUCUGGGAUGACUGCGUCAAGUAUAACUGCACAAUUGUGCAGUACAUCGGCGAACUCUGCCGCUACCUCCUCAACCAGCCACCACGGGAGGCUGAGAACCAGCACCGGGUCCGCAUGGCGUUGGGCAACGGGCUCCGGCAGUCCAUCUGGACCAGCUUCUCCAGCCGUUUUCACAUCUCCCAGGUGGCCGAGUUCUAUGGGGCCACGGAGUGCAACUGCAGCCUGGGCAACUUCGACAGCCAGGUGGGGGCCUGUGGCUUCAACAGCCGCAUCCUGUCCUUUGUGUACCCCAUCCGGCUGGUGCGUGUCAAUGAGGACACCAUGGAGCUGAUCCGGGGGCCCGAUGGCAUCUGCAUUCCCUGCCAGCCAGGUGAGCCAGGCCAGCUGGUGGGCCGCAUCAUCCAGCAAGACCCCCUACGCCGCUUCGACGGCUACCUCAACCAAGGCGCCAACAACAAGAAGAUUGCCAAGGACGUCUUCAAGAAGGGGGACCAGGCCUACCUCACCGGUGACGUGCUGGUGAUGGAUGAGCUGGGCUACCUAUACUUCCGAGACCGUACAGGAGACACUUUCCGCUGGAAGGGCGAGAACGUGUCCACCACCGAGGUGGAAGGCACGCUAAGCCGCCUGCUUGACAUGGCCGACGUGGCGGUAUACGGCGUCGAGGUACCAGGCACUGAGGGCCGGGCCGGAAUGGCUGCCGUGGCCAGCCCCACCGGCAACUGUGACCUGGAGUGCUUUGCACAGGCCUUGGAGAAGGAGCUGCCCCUGUACGCCCGCCCCAUCUUCCUGCGCCUCCUGCCUGAGCUGCACAAGACAGGGACCUACAAGUUCCAGAAGACAGAGCUGCGGAAGGAGGGCUUUGACCCAGCUGUCGUGAAAGACCCACUUUUCUACCUGGACGCCCGGAAGGGCCGCUACGUCUCACUGGACUACGAGGCCUACACCCGUAUCCAGGCAGGCGAGGAGAAACUGUGAUUCUCCAUGUCCCUCUGAGGCUGGUGGGUGCUGGGUCCAGACCCCAGGAUCCACCCCAGCGGGGUCCUGGAUGACGCCAGACCAAAGCAAGCGGGCCCGGGACCUCCACCCCAAGCCGCUGCCCCUUCCUCUAAAACUGCCAAGUGACUCACUGCCACCUUCCCUCCCCCCAGAGGUUUUCUGUGAAAGCCUCCUGGCCAAGUGAUGUCUUCUGGGCUGGGCGGGCCCUUUGGAUCCCAGGCUGAGACUGACCGGGCCUUCUCAGGAUGAUGUCUUAGGUCAGGGCAGGGAGAGGCAGGGAGUCACCAAGCUCUCCCCAGAGAGUAGGGAGCUUGUAAAUGGGACCAGGGCAGAAGUCCCUAGACUCAGGAAGCCAACCCAGUGGGCAGGGGCAGCAGUGGCCAACCAUCAGGCAGCCAAAGAGGAUCCCAGCUCCAGAGCUGUCCAAGUUCACUCAGCCCCACCUGCACCUCUAGGAGGGGAGUGGGGAGGAGGACCCCAUGGAGCUCCCAUGCCCCACCUGCAGCAGGAGGUCAGGACAGAGUGCCCUGUCUCUCCCCACUGCCCCGUCCUCUCUGGGUGGCUUCCUGGCUGUCCCUCAGGCAGGGCCUUUCUGCCUUUGGGGUCUGUGUCAGCUUCUCCAUCUCAGUCCUGACCUGGCUGUGAGAGGAAUGGGAGGUGGGGGGCUCAGGGGCCAAUAAACUCUGCCUUGACGCCUGCUA